GCGGCUUGAAGGUAGACUAUGAGGCCAUUGUUUGUAAAAAUGGAGGUCCCAAAGAAAAGAGGACGUGGACGACCUAGAAUUUCAGACGAGGAAAGGAAAGUUUCCCAGGCUAGAGCACGGGCGAGGUAUAGAGAAAGGGUCGAUGUUGAACAAGACAGAAGAAGAAUUCGACUUCAUGUGAAAACUUUCCAACAAUGGAGGAAACUGAGGGAAAAAGCGACCGUAAACAGCGACGAUGGUUUUGCAAGGUUGUUAAUGAAAUGUUUCAGUGAUCAUGCAGAUGAGUAUCAAGAUGAGAGUGUGCUUGCUCCUUUCCAAACACCCUUGUCCUUGGAAUUACUUGAUCAAAGAAAUGACCACCUUUACAGAGAACCUGUUAAACUACAAGUGGUACAAGUUUAUGAGGAGAAACCAAAACGAAAGCGAGGUCGUCCACCUGGCAGACUCAAUUCCAGGAAGGUCCAGAGAACAGUACCUAUCGCACCUGCUGUCCAAUACCCCACAAGAAUAACUAGCGUUGCAUCACCUCAGAUACCUAGAGCCAUGCCUGAAAGUCCCCCUGGGAGGCUACCCAUACCUGAUGAAGACCUCUCUCAUCUCUCACCGUCUGUUAGAUCAGCACGGUUAGCAUUCUCCAGAGCCCUUGCACAAUCCUUCAAUGCCAUAACCUCGCCCGACCAGUCACUGUCAGUGAGGAGCGAUCUUCAAGACAUUGCCUCUAGUUCCGACGAAAGAAUAGAAACUCCAAACGAUGGUGUUUACUUUCAGCCAUCCCAACCGGAGAGCUUAAUAGUUCCAUCUUGUAGACUAUCAAACUUCAGUCAAAUGUCGGUGAUCGGUAACGCACCUAUGGCCACUAUGCAGGAUGAUGGUUUGCUUGAACCGUCGGACAGGUUUUUACCGGUAGUUGGAGAAGGUGACCUUGAGACAGUGGUCUACCCACACACUCCAGAGAAGGGUUCUUAUCCACAUUCAUCUGUUCUGUAUGGGGAGGUGAUGCUCAAUGAUGAGAGGGUCCAGACGAUACAGAAUCAACCAGAAUCACCCCCAUCAGAUAGCGCAGACCCGGGUUCUGUGAUUCAGGUGGAGACAAACGAUAGUAGCCAUCUAGCAUUGGAACCGGAUGUGAAUCUCAUACCAAGUGAAGGAAUCAGGGAAGGAUCCGUCAAACUAGCCCAAAUUGGGAUGAAUGAUUCCAAAGGUGUUAAAGUUCCUGAUCCCGCCCGUCGGUCUAGACUCGAUCAGAUAACGGGAGGACUCUUGAACAGACUGAAAAAGAGGGCCAUUACAGCGGAAUCAACGCAAGAUUGACCUGAAGUUUUGACAUUGUUUUCAAGAUGGUCCAUGUUUAGGAUUUGAUCCAUAGGGCUUGACCCUAUAAUGGAACUAUAAGAGGUCUUUGAAAAAUAUGGGCCAUGACUGCAGAACCAACUGAAGGCUGAAUCGAACUUAUAUAUGGCCUUGUUUUAGGAAGUAGCGCAAGGUUAAGGAUCACCAUAAACUGUAGAGGUCUAGACCAGGUGGGACUAUAAGAGGGCUUAAAAGGCUGAGGCAUGACUGUAGAAGAACCAAUGUGAGUCAGAACUAAACUUCUACUUGCCCUUGUUUUAAAUGGGGUGCUCAAGUGUAAAGAUCUGUUAGAGAGGUGUAGACCCAUUAGGACUAUAAGAUGACUUUGAGAAGUAUGAGCCAUGACUGCAGAACCAAUGCAAGUCAGAAUUGAACUUGCACUUGGCCUUGUUUUAACAGGAGUAGCCCAAGGUUAAGAAUCACCAUAUACCAUAGAGGUAUAGACCUGGUGAGAUUAUAAGAAGUCUUUAAAAAUGUGGGCUAUGACUACAGAACCAAUGCAACUCUGAACUGAAGUUUCACUUGUCCUUGUUACAUGUAUAAAGGAAGUGCUGAAGUAUAGGAUGUACUAUAUGGAUCUACAUGUGACAAGAUUAUUGGAGGUCCUAUAAAUUAGCUUAAAAUGUGAGCUGUCACUUCAGAACUAAUGCAAAACUGGGGGGUGUUUCACAAAGAUUUAAGUAUGACUUAGAGUCGCGCUUAAAUGCCGACACGUACAUGAUGUGCAACGCGCGAUCUUAUUGAUUGAUACGCAGUAGUGUGCGUCCUCAUUGCAUGAUCCGACCAAUGCGGUUAAGCCUUUUAUACCACAUGCAACUAGGCAUUUAAGUUCGACGCUAAGUCAUACUUAAAUCUUUGUGAAACAUCCCCCUGAACUUAACUUGAUCUUUCCCACUUUGCAAGGUGAUCAAGAUGAAGAAUCUAGACCUGAUGAGAUUAAAAGAGGUCAUAUUAACUAAGGACUAGAAAACUUUUAUUUCAACAUGUUCCGUAAAAGAUCUACUGUAUUAGUGAAGGCUUGUAUAGCUUAAGCCUGAAAUUUAAUAUGGUCUAACCAAACAUUUCAUAAACUUACCUUGCCUUACAUUUCUCUUUACAUGUAUAUUAUUUAUCUAGAGAUCAUGUAAAAUGUGAAAUCAUGACCUACAUCUACAGUUUUCAUUUAUACAUUGCAUUAUUCCAUUAUCCCAGAUGAUCGUUAUGUAUAGGCCUAAAUAGUGUUUACUUGGUUUCUUUGACUAUUAAAAAGGGGGCAUUGCCAAGAACUGCACUCCACUGCAAGUCUAAUGUUAGGUCCCAAUAUUAAUAAUUAUUUAUUAAUGUUGUGCUGCUUCCUCCAACAGAAUGUAAUAAUUGUAUAUGCUUAAGUUCAGAUCUAUCAGUCAACUCAAAAUUUAUGAUUGAAACUUGCCAUUAAUUGUUAAUAGAUUUCUAUUUGUGAGGCUACAAUUUUCCCAUUAAUGAGAUUGGUAUGUAUUCAUCGAUUAUAAUUGUAUUUAUUAUUCUAGGAUACAAAAGUUUAAUAAAUUUGUCUGGAAAAUCAUGUUUUUUACUCUCUCUUCAGUAUCUUGAUAAUUCAAAGAUUAUUAUUUUUGGAAAAAGACCUUUUACCCAACAGUAAUGCCUUGCUUAUAUGUUAUGUAUGUUAAUAUGUAAAUUUAUGACCAAUUAUACACUAUCUACCAGAAUCACUUGCUGAUACAUGAUAUAUUCAAUUCAUACUUGAAAACACUUUAAGGUGGUCAUUUGAUUGUAUUCUCUUCAUACUUCAUAUUAAUUUUGCAGGCCUAAAAUUUCAAUAUUUUGAAAGCGAGGCCACUCUUCCACAAGGAACGUUCCUCUUAUUACAGCAUGAAUGGGAAAAAUAAGAAGGGCACAACAAAUCCCUAAGGCCAAUAAUGAUAAUAAUGAUAAUAAUUAGCAUUUAAUACGAUCUCCAUAGUAAAACUAUAUCACAGCAUUUACAAACAUAUCAAUCUACAUAAAUACAAUACAAAAUUACACAUUUGCAGUGUUUGACGAUUUAAUGAAAGAAGGGAUGUUGUUCCGUUCUUAAGAUGCGGUAACAGUAAUAGUGUGUUCACCUGAUUUUGUACGGGUCAAUGAGGGAGAAGCAUCAAGGCCAAUUAACAGGGCAUCCCAGGCCUUGGGUCUCUGAUGGUGUUGGACUGCCCUGUUUUUAUAUUAUUGUCGAAUGCACUUCAUGGGAGUGAAGUCUUUGUCGAUAGUUAGUGAGUUAGAGCAAUAGUUUCGGCCGUGACUCUGGACGAACGACAUAUUUGUACAUUUUCGUCAGCUCAGAAACCUACGACGAAAACUGCUGCUCUGGUUCGCUAGUUUUCGACAAAGACCUCCCAGCUGUUUAUUGUUCUUUGAUGGGUAUUUUCAAUACAUUUGAUGUGUUCUUAUGCCUGUCCCUAUUGCAGUUUUGAAAGUCCCUAUGACCACAAUGUUCCUGUUGCACUUACAAGAGUCCCUAUUACAUGUACCACAAAUGCCAUUAACAUGUAGUAGUAGGUUAACCUUGACCACUCUUUAUAAUGGAAAGCCAUUUGCCAACUAAUCAGGAAUCAUUUAUUUUUAUUCUGGAGUGAAAGAUGUAAAAGUAAAAUAAAAAAGAUAUUACCCCCUUCAUAUACUCCAGCUAUCCGCAUAAAAAAGUGACAAUGUGAUAACUCAAAUAAUCCUAUACACAUUCAUCAUUAUUUGUUUCUCUGUAUAUUCCUGAAUACCUUCCUUGCCAGGUUUUUCUUGUAUCAUGAAUUUUUAGAAAUGUUUUGUAUGUCAUGAAUGAAUUUAUGCCAGUAUCUUAUAAUAAGAGAUAAUCAGUAAAACUUCUUAUGUAGUAAA